GCCAAAAUACUUGAAAAAGAAAAAGAAAAAGAAAGGAGGAAAAGAAAUGGCUCUCACUCUGAUCUUCACCUCACACUCCUCUCUCCUCUCCAAAACCCUCAUCAAUUCCCCAUCCUCAUUUCCAACCCCUAAUUCUCAAUCUCUCUCUCUCCUCUCCCCAAACCCUAAACAUAAGCUCCCCUCCCUCCGCCUACGUUCCUCUCUUUCCGACGACACCCCCACCGAUGGCGACCGCCCCACCAAUAUCACCGACGAGUGGGGCGAGAAGACCGACCCCGAGCUGGAGCCGCUGUCCAAAAUCUCCGAAUCGGACCCUCCGCAGAAUGAGGACGAGUGGGGAGGCGGAGGAGAUGAGGUUGUGGAAGUUGGGAAUGGAAGUGCAGCCAAAGCUGAGGUUGCGAUUGAGGAGAAGGUGGACACUAAGCUUACUGAGCUCAGGAGGGGUUUGGUAGACACGGUCUAUGGGACUGAAUUUGGGUUUCGGGCUGGGUCUGAGGUGAGAGCGGAGGUUAUGGAGUUCGUAAGUCAGUUGGAGGCGGCAAAUCCCAACCCGGCUCCGACGGAGAAUCUGGGCCUUCUUGAUGGCAACUGGGUUUUGCUGUACACUGCAUCUUCCGAGCUGUUGCCACUUCUGGCAACAGGUAGUACACCCUUUUUGAAGGUAAAUAAAAUAACCCAAGCGAUCAACCCAAGCAGCUUGACUAUUUUGAACUCCACCACGUUGUCCAGCCCUUUCGCUAGUUUCUCAUUCAGCGCAUCUGCUAGUUUUGAAGUUAGAAGUCCUUCAAGAAUCCAGGUUGAAUUCAAGGAAGGCAGCUUUCAGCCUCCGGAGAUUAAGUCAAGCUUUGAUCUCCCGCAAGAAGUGGAUGUAUUUGGGCAGAAAGUCAAUUUAUUGCCCGUCCAGCAAACUCUCAGUCCUUUGCAGGAUGCUGUUGCAGGUAUCUCUAGGACUAUUUCUGGUCAGCCACCGCUUAAGGUUUCCAUUCCAGGUGAGCGGACGAAGUCUUGGCUUGUUAUUACAUACCUUGAUGAGGAUCUCCGGAUCUCAAGGGGGGAUGGUGGUCUUUUUGUGCUUGCUAGAGAAGGGAGCGCGCUUUUAUAUCAGUAACGUGGUACAUUCAGUUCGGUUGUGUAAUGGAUACGAGGUCAUAUACGUAUAGUCACGUUUUUUUUUGUCUAAUUCGUGUACGAAAGGAAAAUGAUGGUAUAUUUAUGAUGUAGCUUCCGCUUCCAGUUUGC